CAGUUUAAUUUGUUAAAAUGUUGUCAUCUUAGGGAUGGAACAUCAAUUGUGCUCUCAGAUGAUGUUGGACAAAUAUAUUUUCUGAACACAGGUCAAGGCGAGUCCCAAAAAGAUGCAAAAUAUGAUCAGUUUUUUCUUGGAGAUUAUCGACCCCUUAUUCAAGAUACUCUGGGAAAUGUUCUUGAUCAGGAGACUCAACUUCCACCACAUCGAAGAAACAUUCAGGAACCUCUGUGUGAUUCUAGCAUGGUGCCAUAUCCAGAACCUUAUCAGAGUCAAUUUCAGCAACGUCGACUUGGUGCUCUUGGCAUUGAAUGGCGUCCUUCGCAGAUAAAAUAUGCUGUCGGCCCAGAUUUUAGUGGUAGCCAAGGUCAAGACUUCCCAGUCAUGCCUUUGGUAGAUUUUGAAGUAAUGGUUGAGCCACAACCAGAUUUCAUAGAUGCCACGUUAUGGGAACCAGAAUAUGACAUGAUUGUAAGUGAGGAUACUGAUUCUGAAUACAAUGUGAAUGAUGAUACUUCUAGUGCAGCUGCACAAGGGAGUGUCAUCUCUUCUAGUGAUCUAGAGUGCAGCGAAGAUGACUCUAGUAAUAAGGAUGGCCUUAGAAGAUCAAGAAGGAAAAAACAUAACGUUGGAGUUGAGGUAACAACUUCCUCUGGAAGGCGCGUUAGAAAAAGGAAUUUGGAUGAGUGUAAUGGUAAUACUUCUGGAAGUAACAGACCCAGUAAGAAAUCCAAGGGCAGUUCAAAAUCAUCAAAAAGGAAAUCUUCAAAAGCAAAGAGAUCAAGACCCCAGAGAGUUGCUGCACAUAAUGCUCGCCAUAUGUUCUCUCAAAUUGAUGAAACAUCUACUGAUGAGGAAGAUAAUGAUUCCAAUGAUGAAUCAUCAGACAGUUUCCAAGAUCCAGACGAUUUUAGUGAGCCUGAGAGGGAAAUGGACGUGAAGCAUGAUGAAUUUAAAAAGUCUCAGUUAAAAAAGUUUGCAAAUGUGUCGAAGUCUCCUGUAUGCUCUGAAUCCCAGUCAAAUGUUGAAACUAGACCAAGACUGGUACUUAAGUUUUCACUUCGUGAUUCUAAGAAGAGUGUGCCCACAGAGGACACAAAACCUACUUGUGAGACUGAGGAUAAUAUGGUAUGUCAGUCUUCUAGACCUCAACCCCAAGAAUGCCAUCAUAAAACUUUUCCAGAUUCAAAAUCUUUGGACUCUGUGCUAUCUUCUAUGACUGCAACUAAUUCUGAACUUCCCCAAAGGCACAAUGGAGAUGAAAAUGAUGAUAAGAUUCAAACUGAGAAUGCUACAAAUAAUCUGGAUCCAUCUAGAUAUGUUGAGGAAAACACAGAUCAGUGCGGAAAGGUGGAGACACACACGUAUGAACUGUCAAGAUCAGGGGAUGCUUUGCUGACUGGUGCUGAAAAUGAUGACCAUAUCGAACACAAUGCCAAUGGGAGAUCAGAACAUAUGAUUGGCAAGUUAGAGACUUCCGGUAGUAUGAUUAAUAAAGGGCUGACUGGUUUUGAAGAUGCACUUAAAAUUUCCUCACCCGAACCUUUUUCAUCUGGAAAUGCUCAGCCAAAUGCUGAUGCCUUCUGGACAUCUGGUUAUGAGAAGUUCAAUGGUGUUAAUAAAAGCCAGUCUGGGUCUGGCAAAUGUGCGGAGGACUCGAUAGAAAACAAUGAAGCUGUUCACUCAAGCCACGCUGGUGACCUGAAAAUGAAAGCACCUAUGAAAUCAACCAAGCUAAUUAUUAAAAAGAAACAGAUUUCAUCUGAAACUGAAGCUCCUUGCAAACUAAAAUUUGUUAGUUCUAAGGCAGAUUCAACUGGUGCUAGAGGUAUUGUUAUAUCUGGAAAUUCCUCUAUUACAGGUCCUAAUCUUUUACCUGAAGGUGAAGAUGACAUAAAAUUUAGUACUCCACAGCUACUGCAUUCAUAUUCUGACAAGAGAAGAGAUUACGUUCAUGAAAGGGAUAAGUCGCAUAAAGGAAAAGUCAAUCAAGAUGGUUUUGAAUCUUUUGAUUGUGAUAUUGAAGAACAUAAUUCUGUUUUCAGCAAUCAACUUGGUUUACAAAUUGGUUUGUCUGAUGUUUUAAGUGAUCCUAUACGUCGAUCACGAUCUGUAAGGAUAAAAACAACUUCUGAGGAGCCAAGCACUUCAAACAGAAGGGUUAAAAUUCAUGGGGGUCAAAGUUCGAGGGGAAAAUCUGAUUGGGAAGACUGUUCUACCAAAGUGUCUGAUCAACUUCAUCGUAGAACUAGGACUUCCAGACAUAGGCGUGAUGAACAUAUUUCCAGUAAUCCUGGUGGCUCUUUAACUCGAAGGGUGUCAAACCAUCAUGUCAAAAAUUCGUCAUGGUUGAUGCUGUCAAUGCACGAUGAUAGUUACCGAUAUAUUCCUCAACAUGGUGAUGAAGUUGUGUACUUUAGACAGGGACAUCAAGAGUACUUAGAGUCAUGUGCAUCAUCUGAAUCAGGUCCAUGGAGAUCAAUUACAGGACUAGGCUUUUCUGAAAUUUGCAAGGUUGAAGAGCUUGAGUAUGCUGAGCUCCCAGGCUCCGGGGACAGCUGUUGUAAACUUAAACUUAAAUUUGUGGAUCCUUCUUCAUACGUGCAUGGAAAAAUGUUUAAAUUGACCCUACCUGAAUUGAAUGACUUCUCUGAUUUUGUUGUUGAGAAAACAUGGUAUGAUACUGCCAUGAAGAGAAAUUGGUCUUCAAGAGAUAAAUGCAAGGUCUGGUGGAGAAAUGGAGACGGGGAUGGUGGAAACUGGUGGGAUGGUAGAAUUAUUUCAGUGCAGGCCAAAUCUCAUGACUUUCCUGAUAGUCCUUGGGAACGGUGUCAGAUCCAGUACAAGAAUGAUCCAACCGAGAAUCAUCUGCAUAGUCCGUGGGAACUGCGUGAUCCUGAUCCUGAGAUUCAAUGGAAGCAUCCCCAUAUUGAUCACACAAUCAGAGAUAAGCUGCUUUCCUACUUCACUAAAUUAGAUCGCAGGGAGAAAUUUGAUAUCCAAGCAUUGAACAAAGUAGCUGAAAAAUUAGAGUUUGCAAACAGGUUUCCCGUCCCACUCUAUCCUGAAUUGAUUCAGUCAAGGUUGGAGAAUGACUACUAUCGUACUGUGGAAGGUGUCAAGCAUGAUAUAAUGGUAAUGUUAUCAAAUGCCGAAGACUUCUUUACAAUUACAAAAAGUGUUCAGCUGUUGGGCAAGAUCAGGAGAAUAUCAGACUGGUUUAGAAAGAAACUUGAAAGGGUAUAGAAGGCCCAAAUUGGGUUUUAUAGGUUUCUUCUAACAUUGUUUUUCAUUCUUUAAUCCAAUUUUGGAGAAUUAGUUGGUAUUUAAGUUGGUUUUAUAGAAUGGUGAAGGGCAUAGGUGGUGGGUAAAUAUCAGCUAUCACGUGUAUAUAUACGAACUCAUCCUUUUUAAUGCCAAUUGCCGUUUUGAA